AUGCCUUUUGACUUAGAUACAGCUUUUAAGGGACUGGCUGAGUAUGAUGGUAGUGAUGACAAUUGUGAUGACUUCCCGGAUGUAAAUGAGACUUUCUUCGAGGGCAACCAUCAGAAUGCAAGUGGUUCUAGUGGACCUAGAUUAGGGCCCGAGGUUCAUUUUGUGUCUUCUUCGUCCUCUCAGUUUGUUCGUACUAGACGUGGGGCUCGUGGUAGUUUUGAGUCAUCGCGGCUUCCAUAG